AUGGACGGACAAGACGCUGCCGUGGGCUCUGAGCGCACGCUGAAACUGGAGAACACUGAGAAACGUGACACCCUGAUUGCCGACGAACGCCGCUUCCAGGAUGAGUGGGAAAAGGCAAAGCUCUUUGAGCAAGAGGCACCUCUGCCCUCUGAGCCCCAGCCGGAGAAAUUGUUCACUACCAUGGCGUAUCCGUACAUGAACGGCAGUCUGCACGCUGGCCACUGCUUCACCUUUUCCAAGGUGGAGUUCAUGACCGGUUUCGCUCGCAUGGAGGGACGCAGGGCUCUGCUGCCACAAGGCUUCCACUGCACAGGCAUGCCGAUCAAGGCUGCCGCUGACAAGCUGAAGAGAGAGGUGGAACUAUUUGGUCAGAACUUUGAGAAUGCCGAUGUCGAGGAGGUUCUGGCUUUGCGUCCGGCCCCAACUGCUGAGGCGACCGCAAAGACCGAUCUGGGCAAGUUUGGCAGCAACAAGAGCAAAGCGACGGCCAAGACAGGCAAAGCCAAGUAUCAAUUCCAGAUCAUGAUGUCUCUCGGAUUUCAACCGGAGGAGAUACACAAGUUCACCGACCCGGAGCAUUGGCUGCAGGUGUUCCCUCAGCGGUGCGAGACUGAUCUUCGGCGGAUGGGUGCUCGCGUAGACUGGCGUCGCUCGUUUGUCACCACUCCGGCCAACGCGUUCUACGACUCGUUUGUCCGCUGGCAGAUGAACCGCUUGAAGGAACUUGGCAAGAUCAAAUUCGGCAAGCGCUACACUGUGUACAGCCCCAAGGACGGCCAGGCAUGUCUAGACCACGACCGCAGCUCUGGAGAGGGCAUCACGGUUCAGGAAUAUGUCGCUCUGAAGAUGAAAGCUGUUGAGUGGUCGGAGAAGGCCAAAUUGGUCAUUGGCGACAAGCUCCCAGCUGAUGCAGACGUCUAUUUCAUCCCGGCCACGCUGCGCCCAGAGACCAUGUACGGCCAGAUCUGCUGCUUUGUCGGCCCGACAAUUGCCUACGGAAUCUUCAAGGGCUCUAAGAUGGACGGCAAGGACGAGCACUUCCUGUGCACAGAGCGUGCCGCCCGCAACAUGGCAUACCAGAAGAUACUUCCGUGGGGCGAGUUCGAGGCCGAAGUUCAGCUUCUGGGCUCCGACGUCAUCGGCACUGUGGUUACUGCCCCGCUCUCAGUGUACGAAAAGGUGCGCAUUCUGCCUAUGCAGACGCUGAAGCCAACUAAGGGCACCGGUGUUGUCGCCUGUGUCCCGUCCGACAGCCCUGACGACUAUGCCACGGUGACGGAGCUGCGGAAGAAGCCUGAAUACUAUGGCAUUGAGCCACAGUGGCUAGAAAACGAGAUCUUGCCCAUAAUCCAGACACCGUCGUCAAACAUGAUUGCCAAGGAGCUGGUCGAGAAGCUCAAGAUCAACUCUCCAAAGGACACAAAGCUUCUGGAGCAAGCUAAGGAGCAGGCAUAUAAAGAGGGCUUCUACCAAGGUACUAUGUUGAUGGGGGAGCACAAAGGCAAGCCCGUCCAGGAUGCCAAGCCCUUGAUCCGCAAACAGCUCUUGGAUGCGGACGAGGCAUUCAACUACGCCGAGCCUGACGGCGAGGUCAUUUCUCGUUCGGCCGACGUUUGUGUUGCCGCCUAUCUGGAUCAGUGGUACCUGAACUACGGCACGACCGAGAACGGUGGCGAUGGGGCUUGGUGCGAGCAGGUCCUGGAAGCGCUGGAGGACGGCACUACCAACUGCUUCUACCCGGAGGCAAAGCAUGCGUUUGAGCAGACACUGAACUGGCUGGGACACUGGGCUUGCAGCCGUUCGUAUGGACUGGGCACCAAGCUACCCUGGGACCAGUCUCAGCUGGUCGAGAGCUUGAGCGACAGCACCGUCUAUAUGGCCUACUACACUGUUGCUCUCUACUUGCACGGAGACAUUUUUGGCAAGACGCCUGGAAAGUCGUCAAAGCCUAUCGCACCAGAGCAGAUGACGGAUGAGGUAUGGGACUACAUCUUCUGCCGGACUGACGCUGUUGAUUCCGACAUUCCCAAGCAGGAUCUGGAAGCCAUGCGGAGAGAAUUCGAAUACUUUUACCCGCUGGAUGCUCGGAUUUCUGGAAAGGACUUGAUCAACAACCAUCUCACCUUCUGCAUGUACCACCACGCCGCUCUUUUCCCCAAGAAGUACUGGCCUCGUGGAAUCCGCGUUAACGGACAUCUACUAGUCAACGGACAGAAGAUGAGCAAGAGCACUGGCAACUUCUUGACGCUGCGUGAGUCCACGGAGAAGUUUGGUGCCGACGCAACACGCAUUGCUCUGGCCGAUGCUGGCGACGGUAUCGAAGACGCCAACUUUGAAGAGACGGUAGCCAAUGCGACUAUUCUGCGGCUUUACGAGCUGCGGAAGUGGGCGCAGGAGACGCUGGCUGGCGAGUCUCUGCGCAAGGGCGAGCUGGGUCUCUUUGAUAAAAUGUUUGAGAAUGAGCUGAAUUCGCUCGUCCUCGAGACCAAGAAGCACUACCAAGGAACGCUGUACAAGCUCGCCUUGAAGAGUGGGUUCUACGACUUUGUCACCUCGCGUGACUGGUACCGGGACAUCACCAAGGCGUCUGGCGACGGCAUGCACUACGACCUUGUGAAGCGGUACAUCGAGCUGCAGGCACUUCUGCUCACGCCAAUUGCACCUCACUUCAGCGAAUAUCUGUGGCGCGAUGUUUUGAAGCAUUCCGACAGCAUCCAGAAUGCGCUGUAUCCUGAGGUCCCGGCGCCUAACCCGAGUUUGUCAGCUGCGCGCAACUACAUCCGCAGUACCACGUCGAGCAUCACGGCCGCAGAGGGCCUGCAAGCCAAGAAGCUUGCCAAGGGCAAGGCCGUUUCUUUUGACCCUAAGAAGCCUAAGAACCUGACCAUUUUCGUCGCGGACAAGUUCCCAGAGUGGCAGGACAAGUGCAUCGGGCUCGUGAAGCAGGUUCUGGAGACGAAGGGCAGCUUUGACGUCAAGGCAGUGACCAGCCAGCUGGACAAGUCGGAGCUGAAGCGGUCUAUGCCGUUCAUUCAGGGCUUGAAGAAGCGUAUCGACAGCGGCGAAGAUGCCGAGCAGGUGUUCAACCGCAAGCUGUCGUUUGACGAGCUGGCCACGCUGGAGGCCAUGAUUCCUGGGCUGAAGCAGACGGUGGUCAAGCUGUCGUCGGUAAGCCUCGUGUCUAUCCUGCCGGGUGCAACAACAGGAAAGGUGUAUAUGAACAGCGACGGAAAAAAGGACGGUGCAAUUUUGGAUGCCUUGCCGCCUCCGGCCGCUUCAGCAACGCCGGGUAACCCCAGCUUUUUCUUCGAGAAUGCGUAA